GUUGACUACAGCCAACAGGAAGGCGAAUAAUGAAAGCACAUCAACGAGGUCCGAGGAAUUGAUACAUUGGAACGAGUUGCCACAUAGCUCCUUGCACUUUUCGCCAAUAACUUCGUUGAAGGCAGCAUAUAGGAAACCAACCAGAGAGUGAAGACGGGCUACAAGAAGCCAUGUCUUCUGCCAUGGAUCUGAAGACGAAGGAGGAGAAGGCGGCUGAGCUGGACAAACGCAUCGAAGCCCUCAGGAAGAAGAAUGAAGCUCUGGUCAAGAGGUACCAGGAGAUAGAGGAGGACAAGAAGAAGGCGGAGCAGGAGGGCAUCGCUGUGACAACCGUCAGAAAGCCCCGCCCCCACGAACCCCACGAGCCGGAAAGAAGGAAGGCGGAGAAGGAGAACUUUUCCAUAACGGUGGACCUGUCCAAACCAGCGGGGGAGAAUAGACAGGUCAACGACCGGAAGCACCUCCCGCCGCGAGGCCGGAAGAGCUCAGAGGAGAGCGACUCCCAAAGGGCCCAGGAUGACUCCCCAAGGGCCCACCAUAAUACCCCCAGGGCCCACCAGGACACCCCCCGGCCUCACCAGGACACCCCCCGGCCCCACCAGGACACCCCCCGGCCCCACCAGGACACCCCCCGGCCCCACCAGGACACCCCCAGGCCCCACCAGGACACCCCCAGGCCCCAGCGCGAUGCCGACAGCCCCCCCAGGAGGAUGGGGUCGGGCCGCGUGGGGCGGGGGGGUCAGAGAGGAGGAGGAGGAGGAGGAGGAGGAGGAGGAGGAGGAGGAGGGGGGCAGCGGCCGGAGAGGAGAGAGUGGGAGCCGCGCUCCGACAGAACGCCCAGAGAAGGAGACAGCGGGGAGGGGGAGCCAGGCCGCCGGGGAGGGAGGAGAGGGGGAGGUAGAGGAGGAGGAGGAGGAGAACGAGGAGGAGAACGAGGAGGAGAACGAGGAGGAGAACGAGGAGGAGAACGAGGAGACAGGCCAGAGAGGGGAGAAAGAGGAGAGAGGGGAGAAAGAGGAGGUGGGACCCCUGGCGGGUCGGACAGGAAGACCAAGGAGUGGGAGGAGAAGAGGAGGCAGAACAUCGAGCAGAUGAAGGAGGAGAUGGAGAAGCUGGCCGAGUACGAGCGAGGACAGGGGGUGGACAGCGAGAAGCCCGUCCGGAACUUCCUGGACGACCCGCGGCGCUCCGGGCCCGUGCCGGACCUCGACCGCAAGGAGGGGAGCCGGCGCCACGUCCGGAACUGGGGAGGAAUGGACUUUGAGAACGUGAAGAUCGGAGGAGAGCCCCAGAGGGAGUGGACCAGCCGCCGGCAAGGGGGGCGGGGCUCCGGGGACAUGACCAUGUCCAUGACGGGGCGGGAGCGCGCCGAGUACGUGCGCUGGAAGAAAGAGCGGGAAUCGAUCGACGAGGAGCGGCUGGCGCGCCACCGCAACGCCACGGGCCAAUGGCGGAGGGAGUGGGACGCACAGAAGACCGACGGCAUGUUCAAGGAGGACGCAUCUGCCCCCACAGAGGGCGACGGGCCAGAGCACGGCGACAGGAGAGACGACAGCCAGCGCCCGCCGAGGGCCCCCAUCGUCGGGGACUUCCUGACCCCUGGCCGGGGGGGGCGGGGGGGCCGGACCCGGGGACGGGACCGGGAUCAGCGGCAGAGCUACAGCAUGCACGACAACCGCUGGGAGGGAGAGCGGGAGGAUGAGGCCCGAGAGAAGAGGGACAAACCCAAGAGAGAGGACGAGGAGGAGAGGAGGGAGGUGAAGGAGGAGGAGAAGAGGCCCAAAGCGGCCCCGCCACAGAAGGAAGCCAGGCGGGGCGAGGCGGAGGAAGACGAGGACGAGUGGGAGGACGCCAGCGAUGGGGAGGACGGGGGCUCGGACGACGACGAAGGAGGAAGCAGCGAGGAGGGCGACCAGGAGGAGAAGAGGGACGCGGGGAAGGAGGAGACCGCCGCUGCCGCCGCCGCCGCCGCCCCCGCCGCCGCCCCUGCGACUCCUGCCCCCGCCUCGGUGGUGGUGACCAGCCCCAGGGAGCAGCGCACCCCCCGGCCCAAGGUCCAGAUCCCCAGCCCCGCGGCGGCGGCGGCGGCCCAGGACUCCCCCGACGGGACCAAGCCCCUCAGCCCCUUCGCCCCCCCCGACGGCUACCAGCCCGUGACGGACUGGGGGGACGCGAUGGAGGAGCAGUCCCCCUGCAGCAGCCUGGGAGAGAGCCCGCUGAAGCCCCCCAGCGCCGAGAGCAGCCCCGCCCAGAGCCAGAGCCAGGGCCGGCGCCCCCAGGAGGGGGGCCGCCGGGGCGGGCGGCGCCCACCCACCGACCUCCGGGAGAAGCUGAACGCGGCCGCAGCAGUGCAGUCCUCCUCUCUAGGGCGGACUAAGGUCCAGCCAACAGUCAUUGUAUCAGAAACAGACUCCACCCCCUCAGCAGACCCUCGCCCCGCCCCUUCAGUGGUCGUUUCCUCUGACUCCGCCCCCUCAGUGGUCGUUUCCUCAGCUGCCUCUGACUCCGCCUCCUCAGUGGUGGAUUCCUCUGACUCCGCCCCCUCAGUGGUCGUUUCCUCAGCUGCCUCUGACUCCGCCCCCUCAGUGGUCGAUUCCUCUGACUCCGCCCCCUCAGUGGUCGAUUCCUCUGACUCCACCCCCUCAGUGGUCGUAUCCUCUGAGUCCGCCCCCUCGGUGGUCGAUUCCUCUGACUCCACCCCCUCAGUGGUCGUUUCCUCUGCCCCCUCAGCUGCCUCUGACUCCGCCUCCUCAGUGGUAGUUUCCUCCGCCCCCUCAGCUGCCUCUGACUCCGCCCCCUCAGUGGUCGUUUCCUCAGCAGCCUCUGACUCCGCCCCCUCAGUGGUCGUAUCCUCAGCUGCCUCUGACUCCGCCCCCUCAGUUGUCGUUUCCUCUGAAUCAGUCCCCUCAGUAGCCGAUUCCUCUGACUCCACCCCCUCAGUGGUCGUAUCCUCUGACUCCGCCCCCUCAGUGGUUGUUUCCUCUGACUCAGUCCCCUCAGUAGCCGAUUCCUCUGACUCCAGCCCCUCAGUGCUUGUUUCCUCUGACUCCGCCCCCUCAGUUGUCGAUUCCUCUGACUCCGCCCCCUCAGUGGCCGAUUCCUCUGACUCCACCCCCUCAGUGGUCGUGUCCUCUGAGUCCGCCCCCUCAGUGGUCGCUUCCUCGGCCCCUUCAGCUGCAUCUAACUCCGCCCCCUCAGUUGUCGUUUCCCCUGACUCCACCCCCUCAGUGGUCCUUGACUCCACCCCCUCAACAGCCCCUUCUGUGGUGCCUCAACCUGACGCCUCAGAUGAUUCUGACUCCUCCAACUAUGAGAGCGACUCCUCUUCAACAUCAUACGACCCCGCCCCCUCUGAGGUGUCUGACCCCGCCCCCUCUGAGGUGUCUGACCCCGCCCCCUCUGAGGUGUCUGACCCCGCCCCCUCUGAGGUGUCUGACCCCGCCCCCUCCGAGGUGUCUGACCCCGCCCCCUCCGAGGUGUCUGACCCCGCCCCCUCUGAGGUUCCUGACCCCGCCCCUUCUACAGUAUCUGCCACUGACAUGGAGGUAGCGGUUGUGGAGCAGGAUGCACCUGCUACACCUCCACUGGCAGGAGAGACCGGAGACCUCCCAGCGCUGACUGACGCCGCCACCACCGAGCCAGCAGGGGGCGACCAGGACGCACCUGAACCCUCCGUCAUCGUGUCCUCAGGCUGAGGUUCCCGGGGACCCCCAAAGACACCCUGCUAAGGUUCCAAAGGAGAGAGUGAUGGAGAGCGGAGAGGAGGAAGGUUGGCCCGCGGCAGAGUGACGCUGACGGACUCGUAGCAUACUGAUCAUACUGAUCCCGGUCAAGGGACUGGAAGGGGUCACCAUCAUCAAUGUCACUACCAUGAUGUCACUACCACACUGACAUCACCACAAUGUCACUACCAUGAAGGGGGCCCUGUUGAGUGACAUUAUGGACCAAACUCUACUUUGGCUGUGCUGUCUCCCCCCAUAUGCCCUCCUUUUUUUUUUUCCUCGAGUUGUGUUUAGGCAACACUAGGCGGUGGAAGACACUGAAGCCUUUUUUUUUUUUAAUCUAUAUAUUUUGGAAAGCUUUCAUCAUCCUCCGCAUCCAGGAGAAAACGACUUUUAUCUCCCCAUAUCUGCAAACGAACGGCGUGGGUAGUGGUGUGUAUUUGCUUUGUUCUGGCCGCACAUUACUGCAGUAACGGCCGCACGGGAAGUGACUGAAGUCCUAGGAAUUAAGUCGCCUAAUUGGCUCUUUGAGGCUGACAGACGCCCAAAAAAUUUUUUAUGUCUUCGCUUGGUUUUAAUGUUUCUAUGAGUUUAUAAAAUACCAAAUGUCAGUUAAUUUUUUUCCUCCGCAAACAAGAGCUCUCUCUCUAUUGAUGAAUAAUUGUCACCAUAUGUGCUGAAUGUGUGCAUUGGUGUGUUCCCAGAUUAUGAAAUAUGUUAUGUUGCUAUAUGUGGGUGAAAGAAAUUGAACACGGGUUUGGAGGGCAAAACAACUGAAUUUAGCGCUGUUACCCCUCAUAAAUGUUUAUCUUCAGUUUGUGUCUGAAGCAACUCUAAACAGAUUGGAGUUAUGGGUCAAUCAUGAAGACUCUAGACUGCUGCUGUGCAUGGGCCUCAGUCAACCGGCGGCCAUCUUGGUUCCAAAACGCUAGCAGGGUAUUCGAACGGAACACGGAAUUCUGCGUUCAGUUCCAUCACUACAAGUGUUUACAACAAGAUGACCGCCAGGUGAAGGGGGGCCAAACCUGUGUUUGCGGGAAUGGAUUUUUAUUUAAACUAAACAAUCAUGCAUCAACCAAGGAAAGAAUUUAUCCAUUUUUAAACUUUGUCGUCUGCUAUACUGUCUGCUAUACUGAGAAUCCUUCUCAUGUGGAGAAUAUGAAAUAUAUUUCCCCUAUUUUAUUAGCCAGGGGAGGCAUUUUAUUUAGAAGCAUUUUUUUUGGUCUAAUCAAGUUUACUGAUUUUUACAAAUUGCCUCCCCUAGCUUUAAGAGCUGUGAGAAUAUACGGCUAAUCUUACGUACUGACAGGUGACAGUGGUUGAAACCUGACUUGACCUCAGCAUACUACAAAGUGCUUUAGGAUGAUAUUUUUUACUACAUUUGAAUAGGUCUAGCUUUUAUUUUCAAUGAGGGUCCUGUGUUGAAAUCGCAUGAAGACACUGUUUUGAAAGAUGGAAAAUCGAUCAUGUUUUACUUUGCUGUAAAGAUGAAGUGGGUGAUGUCAUUAAGACAAGAUGUGACAUUGUGUCAACAUUAAUGAACAUUCCACGCUUUAUUUGUGGCAUGAUGGAGCAGAUGAUGAAAGGACCUUUCAGUGCUCUUAGUUUGGUGGCCAUUUUUUAUUUCUUAGCUGUUAAGACUGGGUGAUUGUAUUUGAAGUCAUCUGCAUUUCAAUGUAACAUCAGAUUAUAAAUGCCUUCUUGGAUCCUGCAAUUAAUUACAUUUUUGAUGAUUGGGUUUCAAAGGAAUGGAUGUUGAAAGUUUUACUCUUUUUUUUUUGUUGCCUCUUGGAGCUGUCGGAUGUGCAAGCUUAUUCAUUUUAUGUAUAGAAGAUCACUGCUUGUACUGUUUAAAUUCAAUUAUCCAAUAAAAUGAUUGCUUUGGA